UUGGGCCGGUCCCAAGGAACCGGUUCGCUCCGGUCGGGUUUCCUGACUAGAUCGCGGGGUCUUCUAAGAAUUCCCUGCCCCCUUUCCCUCUCCCUCUCUCUUUUCUCUGCUAUUCAGAAGCGCAUUCCACUUUCGCCGGCGACAUCUCUGCCAAACCGCCGGCGAGCACGGACGACGCCCGGGAGAUCUCAACCUGAAUCUCUCUCCAUCGCCGCGCGAUCAUAUAAGUCACCGUCAAUGGCCAGCAAUCCAGCAUCUGAAACAACCGGUAAUGAUUCUUCGGGCUUGAAAGAAGCAGAGAAGCCUCAUAUUCAGCCAUUAAGAUUGCCUACACAUGAGGAGAUUCGUGGUCAGGAUAUUUGGAACAAUUGUGCUGUUCGCAGUGUUUUCAGUGGAAUCAUGGGAGGUGGCCUUGGGAUCUUUAUGGGCAUGCUUCUCGGAGCACUGGACAAUCCUAUAAUGCAGGACCAAAUGAGCGGAAAGCAACAGUUCAUUUACGCUGCAAAGCAGAUGGGGCAAAGAAGUUGGCACUCAGCGAAAACAUUUGCAGUCAUGGGCUUUGUUUUUUCAGCUGCUGAGUGUGUUGUGGAGAAGGCAAGGGCAAAGCAUGAUACCACAAAUACAGUUGUUGCUGGCUGUGUUACUGGCGGUACUAUGUCGGCAAGAGGCGGUCCUAAAGCAGCAUGUGCUGGUUGUGCUGGCUUUGCAGCAUUUUCUGUUCUCAUUGAGAAAUUUUUAGAUAGUCAUUAGCUGAAUGACAUCAUUCUGCUUCAUUUUUAUUUCCAGUCCUGGACAAGAGAAAAAGAGGGAGAUGUGGGAUUUUAAAUUUUUAACUGCAAGAUUUUGUUAUUUUUUCCUUUUUGUUCACAUCUUCGGUGAAGAGAGAUCUCUGAACUGUACCACAUCUCUGAAAUGUAUCAGCCUGAUUCAUAUCUAACCUCAUCAAUCUAUAUGGUGGUGAGGAUUUGUAGAUUAGAAUAAGCACAUUGUAUGCUUAGCAAUUGGAUAAAUUAUCCAAAGGAACUUUUCUUAUGAAAUUUGUUUGGUGA